GUCGCCGAUGGCCUAUGGCCAGUUGGUGAUUUCGCAAAUAAGAUGCCAUUUCAUGGCCAGUCUCGUUUCUCGCUUCCUAUAUAGCGGAUCCAUCCAGAUAAAAAGUACCGUCACAUGUUAGGAAUGGAGGUUGCCAAGGCUAGAGAAGAUAACCUGCGAGCGGUGUGGUUCACCGCCGGCGCGGUGGUAGCAGUGGCGUGCAUGCAAAGAGCCGCCGUAGCGGCGCUGGUGGAGCAGUGGCGGAUGUGGAUGUUCGUGGCGCUUAACCUCUUGCUCUUGGCGAUUCUCUUCACAUCCACAUCCACCAGUAGUAGUAGUACUACUACUUCAUCGGCCGGCGAGGGAGGCCGUGGAGAAAGCAACACAGGCGACGGCGAUAAGCAGCAGGAGGGGCAGAAGAUGGAGGAGAGCAGCAGGAAGAGGAGGAAAGCGAGUCGGUGUAGCAACAAGUUACCAAAGAAGAUGGAUAGUAGUGAUAAUGCCGCCGGGAGCGGAUCAUGUGGAGAAGUCGAGGAGGUAAUUAAUGUGGAAGAUGACGAGGAUGAAGACGACGGCGAGGGAGGAAGAGCAAAUGGUUUAAUGUGCUUGUCGAAGGAGGAGUUAAAUGAGAGAGUGGAGGCCUUCAUUGCCAUGUUCAGGCAGCAAUUGAUUUCCGAUGCUAAGAAUCGAUCAAUGGGGUUUCAAUAUUCUACCUGUACUGCUUUUUCAGCCUAGCUAGCUACAACACACGCAGUACUGCUAGCGUUCGUCUUCCUCUUCUUCUUCUUCUUCUUCUUCUUCUUGCCUUAAAAAUUGAUUUCCCCUGCUAGUAGCGGUUACGAACUUGAGAUCGAUCGAUGACGAUGAGCAACCGGCGGCUGGUUAAUUUUGACUUAAUUUAAAGAAAUUUAUUAUAUGUUCAUCAUAUAUAGAAUUGAGUUGCUGUUAAUUAUUAUAUUUUUAAGGUUCUGAUAAGUGGCAGUACAUG